GGCGGAGCUCCAGGACUUGGGCCUGAAGGAGGGGCGCUCGUGGGAUUCGGAGGUGGACACCAGCCGGAACUACGCGGCCCUGAAGGCGCCCCCGAUGGGUUGGAGUUGGUCGGUGUUCCCGGCGCGCUCGACCUUGCAGGAUGUGGCCCACGAUGGGGUCGACGAUAUCGAGCUGGGAGGUGGAAGUAUCGUGAAGGCUGGGUUCCGAGUGCACGAGGACGUCGUGGACAAGCGUGUUUCGGCCUCCCCGGGCGCGCAGAUAACCAAGGAGAGCAUCUUGAGGACCCUUCCCCCGAAGCAGCCCCGAGCACUGGCAGCGACGAAGGCGCUUCUGCAACGGGGCAAGGCCGCCUCCAGCGAGAUGCAGCGCAUGAUUGGAAACUGGGUUUGGAUGUUGCUUCCAUCGCGAGUGGGCUUCGCUAUUCUGGCGAGCUCUCACCAGUUCACCAGCGAGGCGGGCGUCGCGGGCGCGAGCGAGCUUUGGGCCAGCGCACGAGCCGAGCUGACAAUCCGCGUGGCGCUGCCUCCGAUGCCCACCGCGGAUCUCACCGCGAAGUGGAACAGCUGGGCCUUCAUGACGGACGCCUCGGACGCAGGGCACGGCGCGAUCGCCACGGGG